AUGGAUACCAAUGCGAUUGUUACAGGGUGCGCCGGACUGUCGCUGACAGAUGAAGAGAAUGGAGGACUUGCGGCUCCGGAUAUCAUAUCAUCUUCGACGGAAAGCCCCCAUCAUGAUUUGGUUGGACGAUUCCUCACGGAUCGGCCGAUCAAGUUCGACCAUAUGCAACAGGUCCUGGCUUCGGUAUGGCGUCCGGUAAUGGUGAUGCGUGUCCUCCCGAUCGCGGAUGACCUAUUCCUGUUCCAGUUUCCUCAUCUGAAGGAUUUGCAGCGAGUGUUGGACGAUGGCCCAUGGUCUUUCGAGAACCACACUCUGGUAUGCAGCAUGGUGACGGCGGAAUCUAGGUCGGAGGAGGUGGCGCUCAACAACAUGGCGAUCUGGAUCCAGAUACAUGAUCUCCCUUCCAUCUAUGCAUCGGCAGACUUCAUUGAACGCAUCGGCAAUUAUGUCGGCAAUUUUCUGAAGGCAGAUCCUCUUAACUUUGGUGGCUCGUGGCGGAGUUUCUUCCGCAUCAGGGUGCGGUUAGACGUGUCUGUCCCCCUGAAGAGUCGGAUGAAAAUGUAUCGCAAAGAUGGCUCAGUUCAGUGGAUAAACUUCAAAUACGAGCGGCUCGGUACUUUUUGUUUUUAUUGCGGUGUGCUAGGCCACUCCGAAAAAUUCUGCAGGAAGGUCUACGAAGAAUGA